GCUAAAAAUUCUAAAUAGACGACUAGCAAAUUGAUCAUUUUGGUAAAACAGGGUCAUGCAGAUCCAUAACACUUGCCGAUCAUCUCACCGUGUUUACAGCCAUGUCCGUCAUCUGUAACAAAUAUCAACUUAGUAUUUUCACUACUACACGCCCAGUCUCAUCGGAUUUCGCGACAAACGCAAUUUACAAAACGAACACGCUAUCGGCCUAAUUCACCCUUACCGACGUUUCGCAUAGCGAUAAGAAGACCGUGAUCUCUCCGCGCUGAUAUCGUCUGAGUCUUAUGAUGCCGAAUGUUCAUUCCACCAUUCCUAUAAAUACAGGCUGACUAUCUCAACGCUCUUUUGUCAUCACCUGGGUCAGUGUCACGGAUAACAUUUCCUCCGCCAUUGUCGACACCGCGCGAACAAAACACCAUUGUUGUUGUUGUUGUGAGAGAUUGAAGACUUGAGUCGUAAUAAUGAAGAACUCCACAGCCUUGUUGCUGUGUUUCUUAUCGUGGAUUGUCUUUAAAUCCUCAUUUGGAAUGCCGAGAGGAAAGCUACGACCGAAGCGACAGACACCACAAAGUUCCGCCCUAGCAGCUUUGAUGUCAUUCUCCGUCAAACUCUCCGACAUGGAGCGACAAAUAACCUCCUAUGAAAAGACAAUACGACGACAGAGAGCCGAAAUUGACCAACUGACAGUCAAGGUGGACUCCAAAGCUGAUCGAGUUCAAAUCCAAAGUUUACAGACUUUACUGGACAGCAAGAUGGUUGCGCUUAAAGACGAGACUAACACGAAGGACUUGCUAAUCGAGCGAUACCGGAAUAGACUUAGUCAGCUGGAAGCUGAAGUUACGGACAUAAGCAACCAAUACAUUAACCUUCGAGGCAAGACAACGGAAGUGCUUGACAGAUUUGACGAAAUUGGCUAUCACUGCUCAACACAGAUGACAGGAUGGGCGCCGAAGGCCAAUGCACCCAUCGGAAGCUUGGACCGGCAGUGGGUCCGAUGUAACCCCGAAGAAUUUCUGCAGAGUUUUGUUCUGACCCUGGCUAGCAAUUACGAAGAGGACAUGGUUCGAUAUAAGUAUAGGUGUUGUAGUCUUAAUAUCUGAAAGGCCAUGAAAGGAACCUCACACCUUGAAAGUAUAUUACGUAUUAUUAAAAACUGGAUCAUUGGAUAAUGCAAUUCAAGACCUUUUUAUUGGCUUAGCCAUUAUGGUAUAUGAGCCAAUAUACCAUAAUCUACAAAUAUGGUAAGCGUACGCGUCAGGUUAAAAUUAAAAGGGAGCUAAAAAAAUUUAAUUCGCUCCGACGAAGGGCUAACGCUCGAAACGUCAGCUUUUGUAAUCAUUACGGUGGCUAAUUUACCAUUUCAACUUU